AUGGAAGAGAAAGCGUCUCUCCAGCAAUUAAAUUCACGCCUGGAAAUGUAUGUACUGGGUGUAAAUGAGCUAGAAGGAGCAAAACAUGCAGCAGAACGCGAGUUAGAGACGAUUAAACAACGUAUGCAACAAGAUUUGGAGCGUGUACGGUCUCGAUUGACUAAAGAACUGGAAGAAACACGCAAGAAAUUGGACGAUGAAAUGGACCAGAAUGCUCGAUUGCAGACACUGGAGCAGGAACAACACAAGGAGCUUGUGAAAUUACGUGCACAACAGGCAGAAUUAGGAGAAAUGAAGGUCUUGGUCGAUACUUUGAGGGUGCAGCUUGAUAGGGAGAAGACAAAUGCCGAAUCAGCAAAGGAGACACUAUCGGAACAAACGGUGCAGUUAAAUUUGGCACGAGGUCGAGUGAAAUUGCUAGAGCGUGAUAUGCGCCGUCAGUCAGCGGUGUUGAAUGAUGCUACCCAGGAAUUAGAAGAGCUGAGGAAAAAAAGUGUCGACUUUGACCUGACGAGAGAUGCAGAAAUCACGAAAUUGCGCCGAGAGUGGACGGCAAAACAAAUGGAGACACAAGCUCAAUGGAAGAAAGAUACAGAAGAUCGAUUGCAUACGAUGGAAAUGGAAGUGCGUAGCCACUUUGAGACGGUUGUGAGUAGUUUGGAAAACCAAUUAGAUGACGUUAAAGCAGAGCUAGAAAGUACGAAGCAGGAAUUGGACCGGACAGCAAAUGAUUAUGAAGAAAGUCUUAAGGCACGUCAGAUGCUUACCGAAAAGGUGGCGCAGCUUGAGCGUGAUUACCGUGAAGCGAGGACAAAGUCGACGAAGGACCGUAAAGCGUAUGAAGAAACGCUAGAGCGGUUCAGAGCAUCGAAGGUUGCUAAAGAACGCGAGUUUAAUGAUUUGAUGGAUGUCAAAAUUGCUUUGGACGCUGAAAUCAUGAAGUACCGUCGUAUUCUGGAUCGCGAGGAGAGUCGUGUUGGUGUCGCGACGCCAAAUACGAAGGGCCGCAAGCGAAAGAGUGAGAGUACGAACGGUACUGUGUCAAAGCGGGCAAAGCGCGCGAUUUUUGGAUCCGAUCAUCUGUCGUCAUCGGUGUCACCGGUUGAGAUAGCUUCGUUGAAUUUGGAAAAGGACCGCAUUGUGCUAAAGAACACUAGCGGUGAGCCGGUACCUCUUGGUGGCUGGGUCGUCCGUGGACAGAUGGACCAAACUUUUCGAUUUCCAGCAACCUACGUGAUGCGUCCACAUUCCACGCUAACUGUGCACUCUAGCAAGAGAAACCAGAACGCAAAGAACGAGCGCAAGAAAGGUGAAGACUCGUUUUUGGCCAACAAGUUUUCACUAAACCAGACGGGUGAUUUUGUUGUCUUGAUGACGUCGGAUGAUAUUCCUGUAAGCAUGAAGAGCGAAGGAUUACCUGAAGAGGAGGUGCGCGCGAUUGAGGCGGACCUUCGUGCAGAUUUUAUAAACGACGAAGCUCCUCCUUCUGAAAGUUGCAGCAUGAUGUAA